CUAAAUCGACCUUUUUUUUUUUUUUUAUCAGUGUACAUACCAGUUAGGAUAAAUUUAUUGAAGUACACACAGUAGUUUCCAGGUUUUUACAUUUUUUUUCUCUACCUCAUUGAUAUCAGUUCCCAACUGCAUGGUUCUGUCUCAGAUUGUUAUCCUUAUCUAUCCGGAAAAUUAUAAUUGUUUAGAAGACAUUUUGUAAUUGUUUAUGUAUCCUUGCAUAAGAAGUCUAUUGUAUGAUGAGCUAGGUCAUUGCUUUUUUUUUGUUUGUUUGGCUGAAUUUUCUCAAAUUUGGUUAAUGUAAGUGUGCUCUAUAUUUGUUCAUCAUUUUGAUUAUUCUACUUGGAAGAAGCAAAAGGAGAAAACAAAUGUUUGAACUGUGCUGUGUUUCUAGUGAGUGAGGUGUGAUAUGUGGCAUUUUAUAUAUUUGCCAUGAUUUCUUGACAUAGUUGCUCCAUAUUCCUUCCUCAUUUUCCAGGCAUAUUUUCUUAUUUUUAUUCAUUUAAUAUUCAAAAAAAAUUUAUGAGAAAAAAUAAAGGAAAUUUUAGACACUAAGAUUUUCUAUAUUAAAAAAAAAAAAAAAACCUCUGUGUUUUAAGGUAGGACCAUAGAAGGAGGGGCGUGAUAUAUUUCCAUGUAUACAGGGACUAGGAAACCCAUAAGAAAAAAAAUCAUUGAUAAAGAGUUUACCAAAAUAGAAAUUUAAAUUUAAGAUAAUUUCCAUCCCUAGUCAAGUCCAAGCGGCUUGACUGGGGAAUUCUAUUAAGUAUUUAGGGAAAAAGAAUUAGCCUAUUCUCUAUAAACUCUUCCAGAAAACUGAAAAGGAAGGUAUGUUUCCAUUUUCUAUAUGAGGAUAGCUUCAAUCUGAUAUCAAAUGCAGACAAAAGCAUUUGAUAAAACAGCAUGCAUGUGAAAAACAUACAGAAAAAUUUAAGAAAUUGAAUCUUGAAAUAUGUAAAGGCAAUAGUAUAUCAAAUUAGGUAUGCCCCAAGAAUGCGUGAUUGGCUUUUAAAAAUCACUUAAUGGCAUUCACCAUAAAAACUAUUAGAAAUGAAAACCAAUGCCACAUAAACUGAUAUAGAAAAAUAUUUUAAAAGUCCCUAUUGUGAUAAAAUUUUGACCAAAGUAAUAUAAAAGUAAUCCAACAGAAUCAGAAAUUACUGAACAAUAUCAUUAGUAUAACACAAAAGUAAAAUUUUGCUGAAGAUAAUUCAAAAGGGUUAGUGCAUCAACAAAGAAAGUCCAGAAAUUCAAGCUGGUCAAAAGAGGAUAUAUAACAAGGGAUGUCAUUGCUGAUGUCAGAUGGAUCCUGGCUGAAAGCAGAGAAUACCAGAAAGAUGUUUACCUGUGUUUUAUUGACUAUGUAAAGGCAUUCGACUGUAUGAAUCAUAACAAAUUGUGGAUAACAUUAAGAAAAGUAAGAAUUCCAGAACGUUUAAUUGUGCUCAUGAGGAACAUGUACUUAGACCAAGGGGCAGUGAUAUACUUCUUGUUUUAAAGUCAAGGCAGGUUUGUGUCAGGGUUGUAUCUUUCCACAAUACUUAUUCAAAGAAGCUGGGCUACAUGAAGAACAGGGCAUCGGGAUUGGAGGAAGAUUUAUUAACAACCUGUAAUAUGCAGAUGACAUAGCCUUCCCUUCUAAAUGUGCAGGGGACUUGAUGCACUUACCGAUGAGGAUCAAAGACCACCACCUUUAGUAUGGAUUACACCUCAACAUAAAAAAAAAAAAAAUGAAAAUCCCCAUAACUGGACCAGUUAGUAACAUUGUGAUAAAUGGAGAAGAGAUUGGAGAUGUCAAGGAUUUCAUUUUACUUGCAUCCAUAGUCAACACGCGUAGAAGCAGCAGUCAAGAAAUCAAAAGACGCUUUGCAUUGAGCAAAUCUGCUGCAAAAGACCCUUAAUAGCAUUAAAAAGCAAAGAUGUCACUUUAAGGAUUAAGGUGUUCCCGAGCCAAACCAGGGUGUUUUCAAUCAACUCACAUGCACGUGAAAGCUGGAAAAUGAAUAAGGAAGACUGAAGAAAAAUUAAUGCCUUUGAAUCAUGGUAUCGGCUAGGACUUCCAAAAAAAAAAAAAACGAAAAAACCUGUCUUGUAAGAAGUACACCCAGGAUAUUCCUUGGUAACAAGGAUGGAGAGACUUUGUCUCACAUACUUUAGACACAUUAUGAGGAGCUAGCCCCUGGAGAAGGACAUCAUGUUUGAUAAGUAGAGAGACUUUGUCUCACAUACUUUAGACACAUUAUGAGGAGCUAGCCCCUGGAGAAGGACAUCAUGUUUAAUAAGUAGAGGGUUAGCAAAAAGGAGGAAGACCGUCAGUGAGGUGGACUGACACAGCGGCUGCAAAAAUGGUACAAGCAUAAUAACGAAGGUGAGGAUGGUGCAGGACCCGGUAGUGUUUUGUUCUGUUGUACAUAGGGUCGCUAGGAGUUGGAACCAACUCAGCAGCACCUAACCCCAAGUAGCAACACUGUUAAAAUGUAACUUACUCAAACCGAUAGAGGGCAACAAAGAACAAGUCACACCUACCAUCACACAUGCUAUGAAAGAUUGAGUAAAUUCUCAGUAAGACCAGGAAUAAAACACGUAAAUCUACCCUUACCAAAUCUGACAUUUUGUGGAUGUAGCCAGUACAAUAAGGCAAUAAAAAAAAAAACGAAUAGAAAGUACCCAAAUUGGAAAGGAAGAAAUGAAACUUUUUAUUGAUAGAUGAUAGGAUCGUUCAUGUACAAUGUCUAAUAGGGCCUACAAUAAAAAAAAAAAAAUAGAGUUAUAGAAUUAAAAAUUAACCUAGCAUUUCUUUGUGAAUUUAUUUUCAGCUUAUUGGUUUAUUAAAAAAAGAGCUAUUUGGAUUUUAAGUGGAGUUGCAUUGAUUCUAUAAAUACAUUUGGGGAUUUCUUAGAUAUAACACUGAUAAUGGAUUGAGUUGUGUUCCCCAAAAUAUGUUUCAGUUUGGCUAGGCCAUGAUUCCCAGUAUUGUGUGGUUGUCCAACAUUUUGGAAUCUGAUGUGACUAUCUUAUGUGUUCUAAAUCCUAACCUUUAAGAUGUUACUAAGGCAGAAUUAGAAGCAGUUGUGUUAAUGAGGAAGGACUCAACCUACAAGAUUAAGUUGUAUUUUGAGUGACUCUCUUUUGAGAUAUAAAAGAGAGCAGCAAGCUGAGAGAAGUGGUACCUUAUGUCACCAAGAAAAACCUCGCAGAGCAGGGCACAUACUUUGGACCCAGAGACCUGGAGCUAAGUUCCUAGAUGAGGGGAAGAUUGAUGACAAGGACCUUCCCUAAGAGCCAACAGAGACAGAAAAUCUUCCCUCAGACUUGGCGUCCUGAAUUCAGGUUUCUAGCCUUCUAAACUCUGACAUGUGUUGGAAGCAACUCAACAGUAACACAUAAUUGGUGAGAAAAUAAACUUCUAUUUUUUAAAGACAUCCAACUGUAAUAUUUCUGUUAUAGCAGCACUAGAUAACUAAGACAAACAGUAGAAGCAAAAUCCGUAAGAAGCUUGGCCAAAUCAAAUUUUAAAACUCUUGCUCUUCCAAAGACACUUGUAUACAAACAAGUUAUAUUCUUGGAGAUAAUGUUUUCAAAUAACAUAUCUCAUAAAUGACUUGUGUCCAUAAUAUGUGCAGAUGGCACAGAACUAUAAAAAAGGAAACACUCUGCAAAAAAUAGCCAUAAAAAUCAACAAUAACUUAUCCAAAGAAAAUAUGCAGCUGACAAGCAUAUAAAAUGCUCGUCGUCAUUAUUAUUUUUUAUUUUUAUUGUGCUUUAAGCGAAAGUUUACAAAUCAAGUCAGUCUCUCCUACAAAAAUUUAUACACAACUUACUAUAUACUCCUAAUUGCUCUUCCCCUAAUGAGACAGCCUGCACCAUCCCUCCACUCUCUCUUUUCCUGUCCAUUUCGCCAGCUUCUAACCCCUCUUCCCUCUCAUCUCCCCUCCAGAUAGGAGAUGCCAACAUAGUCUCAAGUGUCCACUUGAUCCAAGAAGCUCGUUCUUCACCAGCAUCUUUUUCUAUCCCAUUGUCCAGUCCAGUUCCUGUCUGAAGGGUUGGCUUCGAGAAUGGCUCCUGUCCUGGGCUAACAGAAGGUCUGGGAGCCAUGAUCACCGGGGUCCUUCUAGUCUCAGUCAGACCAUUAAGCCUGGUCGUUUUACCAGAAUUUGGGGUCUGCAUGCCACCACUCUCCUGCUCCCUCAGGGGUUCUCUGUUGUGUUCCCUGUUAGGGCAGUCAUCGGUUGUAGCCGGGCACCAUCUAGUUCUUCUGGUCUCAGGCUGAUGUAGUCUCUGGUUUAUGUGACCCUUUCUGUCUCUUGGGCUGGUAAUUACCUGGUGUCAUUGAUGUUCUUCAUUCUCCUUUGCUCCAUGUGGGUUGAGACCAAUUGAUGCAUCUUAGAUAGCUCCAGACACUGCUCUCCAAAGUGGGAUGCAGAAUGUUUUCUUAAUAGAUUUUAUUAUGUCAAUUGACUUAAAUGUUCCCUGAAGCCAUGGUCCCCAAAUCCCCGCCCCUGCUACCCUGGCCUCCAAAGCAUUCAGUUUCUUCAUGAAACCCCUUUGGUUUUGGUUUAGUCCAGUUGUGCUGACAUCGCUUGUAUUGUGUGUUGUCUUUCCCGUCACCUAAAGUAGUUCUUAUCUACCUCUCUCCCUCCCUCCCUCAUCUCAUAACCAUCGAAGAAUGUUUUCUUCUCUGUUUAAACUAUUUCUAGAGUUCUUAUAAUAGUGGUCUUAUACAUUAAUAUUACAUCUCUAGUAAGAUUUAUUCCUAAGUGUUUUGUCUUCUUGGGGGCUACUGUAAAUGGUAUUGAAUUGGUGAUUUCUUCUUCAAUGAUCUUUUUGUUGGUGUAGAGGAAUCCAACUGAUUUUUGUAUGUUUAUCUUGGAUCCCGAUACUCUGCUGAGCUCUUCUAUUAGUUUUGGUAGUUUUCUGGAGGAUUCCUUAGGGUUUUCUGUGUAUAAGAUCAUGUCAUCCACAAAAAGAGAUACUUUUACUUCUUCCUUGCCAAUCCAGAUGCCCUUUAUUUCUUUAUCUAGCCUAAUAUCUCUGGGUAGGACCUCCAGCACAAUGUUGAAUAAGAGUGCUGAAAAAGGGCAUCCUUGUCUGUUCCCCUAUCUCCAAGGGAAUGAUUUCAGGUUCCCUUUUCCAUUUAGGAUGAUGUUAGCUAUUGGCUUUGUAUAAAUACCCUUUAUUAUGUUGAGGAAUUUUCCUUCUAUUCCUAUUUUGCUGAGAGUUUUUAUCACGAAUGGUGUUGAACUUUGUCAAAUGCCUUUUCUGCAUCAGUUGAUAAAAUCACGUGACUCUUGUCUUUUGUUUCAUUUAUAUGAUGGACUACAUUAAUUGUUUUUCUCAUGUUGAACCAUCCCUGCAUACCUGGUAUGAAUCCCACUUGGUCGUGGUGAAUUUUUUGAUUAUUUUUUUGAAUUCAAUUGGCUAGAAUUUUGUUGAGGGUUUUUAAAGGAUCUAGGUUCAUGAGGGAUAUAUGUCUGUAAUUUUCUUUUUUUGUGGUGUCUUUACCUGGUUUUGGUAUCAGGGAUAUGCUGGCUUCAUAGAAUGAGUUUGGGAGUAUUCAGUCCUUUUCUAUGCUCUGAAAUACCUAAACUCUUCUCUGAAAGUUUGGUAGAACUCUUCAGUGAAGUCAUCUGGGCCAGGUUUUUUUGUUGUUGUUGUUGUUGUUGUUGAGAUUUUUUGAUUACCUUUUCAAUCUUUUCUUUUGUUAUGGGUCUAUUUAGUUGUUCUACCUCUGUUUGUGUUAGUUUAGGUAGGUAGUCCGUUUCUAGAAAUUCAUCCAUUUCUUCUAGGUUUUCAAAUUUGUUAGAGUACAAUUUUUCAUAGUAAUCUGAUAUGAUUCUUUUAAUUUCAGUUGGGUCUGUUGUAAUAUUGCCCAACUCAUUUCUUAUUCAGGUUAUUUGCUUCCUCUCCUGUUUUUCUUUUGUCAAUUUGGCCAAUGAUUUAUCAAUUUUGUUGAUUUUUUCAAAGAACCAGCUUUUGGUCUACUUAAUUCUUUCAAUUUUUUUUUUCCUGUUUUCUAUUUCAUUUAGUUCUGCUCUAAUUUUUAUUAUUUGUUUUCUUCUGGUGCCUGAGGGUUUUCUUUCAUUGUAGGGAUACUUCUUUGAUUUUGGCCCUUUCUUCUUUUGGAUGUGUGCAUUUAUUGACAUAAAUUGGCCUCUGAACACUGGUUUUGCUGUGUCCCAAAGGUUCUGAUAGGAAAUGUUUUCAUUCUCAUUGGAUUCUAUGAAUUUCUUUAUUGCAUCCUUAAUGUCUUCCAUAAUCCAGUCUUUUUUGAGCAGGGUUUUGGUCAGUUUCCAAGUGUUUGAUUUCUUUUCCCUGCUUUUUCUGUUAUCGAUUUCCACUUUUUUGGCCUCAUGGUCAGAGAAAAUGCUUUGUAAUAUUUCAAUGUUUUGCUUUCUGCUAAGGCUUGCUUUAUGACCUAACAUGUGGUCUAUUCUAGAGAAUGUUCACGUGCACUAGAAAAGAAAGUAUACUUGGGUGCUGUUGGGUGGAGUGUUCUGUAUAUGUCUAUGAAGUCAAAUUGGUUGAUUGUGGCAUUUAGAUCUUCCUUGUCUUUAUUGAGCUUCUUUUGGAUCUCCUGUCCUUCACCAAAAGCCGUGUGUUGAAGUCUCCUACUAUUAUUGUGAAGCUGUCUAUCUCACUUUUCAAUGCUGAUGGAGUAUGUUUUGAGUCUCUUGCAACCCUGUCUUUGGGUGCAUAAAUAUUUAAUCUGGUUAUAUCCUCCUUGUAUAUUGUUCCUGUAGUCAUUAUACAGUGUCCUUCCUUAUCCUUUAUAAUGGUUUUAACUUUAAAGUCUAUUUUGUCAGGAAUUAAUAUUGCCACUCCUGCUCUUUUUUGAUUGUUGUUUGCGUGAUAUAUUUUUUCCCAUCCUUUCAGUUUUAGUUUGUUUGUGUCUCUAAGUCUGAGGUGUGUCUCUUGUAGGCAGCAUAUAGACGGAUCCUGUUUCUUUACCCAUUCUGCCACUGUCUGUCUCUUUACUGGUGCAUUUACAUUCAGUGUAAUUAUGGACAGGUAUGAAUUUAGUGCUAUUAUUUUGAUGUCUAUUUUUGUGUGUUGUCGACAGUUUCUUUUUCCCACUUAAUUUUUUGUGCUGAGUAGAUUAUAUAUUGUCUUUUCCUCUUAUUCUUUGACCAUUUUGUUUCUGCCGAGUCUCUAUUUUUGUCUUGUAUUUUAUUUUGAUGUGUAGGAUAGUUUGUCUCCUUUGUGGUUACCUUAUUCUUUAACCCUAUUUUUCUAAAUUUAAACCUAACCUUUAUUUCUUUGUAUCACCUUGUCUUCCUGUCCAUAUGAAAGAUCUAUGACUACAUUUCUUAGUCCCUCUUUGUUGUUUUAAUGUUGUCUUCUUUUAUGUAAUAGAAUCGCCCUUUCUCUCUUUUGAGCGUUUUUUAUCUUGGUUUAUUUUUGUGAUUUCCCUGUCAGGGUUGACUUCUGAUGGCUCUGCCCAGCAUUCUAGUCUUGGGUUGAUACCUGACAUUAUUGAUUUUCUAACCAAAGAACUCCCUUUAGUAUUUCUUGUAGUACUGGUUUGGUUUUUACAAAUUCCCUAAACUUCUGUUUAUCUGCAAACGUCCUAAUUUCACCUUCAUCUUUGAGAGACAGUUUUGCUGAAUACAUGAUUCUUGGCUGGCUAUUUUUUUCCUUCAGUUUUUUAUAUGUCAUCCCAUUGCCCUCUUGCCAGCAUGGUUUCUGCCGAGUAGUCUGAGCUUUUUUUUAUUGACUGUCCUUUGUAGGUGACACUAGCCAAUCUUAAAAUUCUCUCUUUAUCUUUGGUUUUGGCAAGUUCGAUUAUAAUAUGUUUUGGUGACUUUCUUUUAAAAUCUACCUCAAGUGAGUUCGAUGAGCAUCUUGGAUAGAUAUCUACUCAUCUUUCACCAUAUCAGAGAAGUUUUCAGCCAACAAAUCUUCAAGAAUUCUCUCUGAAUUUUCUUUUAUCCCUCCCUGUUCUGGAGCUCCAAUUACUCACAGGUUAUUUCUCUUGAUAGAGUCCCACAUGAUUCUUUUCUUCAUUUUUUAAAAUUCUUUUAUCUGAUUUUUCUUCAAAUAUAUUGGUGCCAAGUGCUUUAUCUUCAAGUUCACAAAUAUUGCUCAAUUCUUCUCCUCUGACUUUCUAUUGAAUUGUCUAAUUCUGUAAUUUUAUUGUUAAUCUUCUGAAUUUCUGAUUGCUGUCUCUCUAUGGAUUUUUCCAGCUUAUUAAAUUUUUCAUUAUGUUCUUUAAGAACUUUUUAAAUUUCUUCAAUUGUUUUAUUUGUGUGUUCUACGGCUUGUUCUGCAUUUUGCCUUAUCUUCUUCCUGAAGUCUUGAAGAGUUCCGUAUAUUAAUCUUUUGCUUUCCGCAUCUGGUAGUUCAAAGAAUACUCAUUCAUCUGGACAAUUCCGUGAUUCUUUGUUUUGAGAGCUUGUUGUGGCAAUCAUGGUCUGUUUCUUUAUGUGACUUGAUAUUGACAGUUGUCUCCAAGCCACCUAUAAGUUAUUUUAUUAGUUUGUUUUGUUUGCUUACUGUAUCAUAGCUUCUUUUUUUGUUUUGUUUUGGUAUAACCCUAUGGGUUGCUUGAAUGAGCUAGCUUGAUUAUUUUCACCUUUGGAGCUCUGACAUCCUCUCCCCAGAUGGCUAGAGCUGUUUUCAGGUAGCUUAGGUUUCCAGGUAGCUGAUCACCAAGUGUAUGGUACAGGCUCUGUCCUACAGUCUUGCAGGGGUAAGGGUGAUUGGUGUAGGUACUGGUAUCUGGUUGCAGCAAGUGGUCACACUCUGAACAAGGCAGGGGGCUGAGAAUCAUCCCCCAAGUCUCUCUGAAGAAAGCUGGUCCAUUUUUCCUGGAGUGUACAGGUGGGUGGGUUCUGCAGACAGACCAUGGGCACCCAAUGUUUUUGGUUGUAAGGACUGGGAGGUACCAGUUAUCCUUGGACCCCUGUUGCAGGUGACUGGGUGACCUGAGUGAAGCCACCAGUCCUUAUGCCCCUUAUGUGGGUUGGUGAGGACCCUGUGUAAUAGGCAAAGUGGUGUCAAACAUCAAACACCCACCUCUCCACCGCCCAGCUGAAAUAGUUGUAGUCUGCCAACAAGGGCCUAUUCUCCCGAAAUAUGCCCACAGAUGUCCAUGCAGAGAGUAAAGGUAGUCAAAGUCCAUGGACCAUUUAUGCCUGGACAGGAGCCGCUUCAGUCCUGAGCUCCCCAUGUUAGUGGAGCUGGCAAAUUAUCUUUUCCCUCAAUUUCAUAUUUAUUCCUUCUCCAGGGCCUGGAGGAUGGCUCUAGGUGCUCAACAGGACCUAUCUCGGGCCCAGGGAAUUCAGCCAUGAAGCCAUCUUGGGGGUGUGGUAGAAUAUACACAAGUACUUGGCUUUUGCUGAGAGUGACAUUCUUCUCUGGUUUCAGAGGUGUGAGCAGGCUGUGUGGCUGGCUGCUUCUCCCUGAGGAAAUUGCAGCUGAACACUAGUACCAGUCCACCACAGCUGCUCCCGGGAAUGGUGCCUGAGGGCUCCUGGCCAUUCAGGUCUGGUAACUUCUCUCUGCUUCUGAAUUGUCUCUUCCUCCCCUGCCUCUCAGUUCGUUUUCUAACCUUGUCUGUGAUGUCCAGGGCUCCUAGCUUGUCAUGAAUGUACUCCUUUCACUUUUUUUCCCAGGUAUUUGUUGUAAGAGGGCUCGCCAGUUGCGUCUGUCUAUUCUGCCAUCUUGGCCCCACCUCCUCAUUUAUUUUUAUUUAUUUGUGCUUUAAAAGUGAAAGGUUACAAAUCAAGUCAGUCUCUCAUACAGGAAUUUACAUACACUUUGCUGUAUACUUCUAAUUGCUCCCCCCUUAAUAAGACGGCUCACUCCUUCCCUCCACUCUCUCUUUUAAUGUCCAUUCAGCCAGCUUCUGACCCCUUCUGCCCACUCAUCUCCCAUCCAGAUAGGAGAUGCCAACAUAAUCUCAUGUGACUCCUGAUCCAAGACACUCAUUCUUCACCAGUAUCAUUUUCUAUCCCAUCGUCCAGUCCAAUCCCUUCCUGAAGAGUUGGCUUUGGGAAUGGUUCCUAUCUUGGGCCAACAGAAGGUCUGGGGACCAUGACUACCAGGGUGCUUAAGUAUCAGUCAUACCACUAAGUCUGGUCUUUUUAUGAGAGUUUUUAGUGUGCAUCCCACUGCUCUCCUUCUCCCUCAGGGGUUCUCUGUUGUGUUCCCUGUAAGGGCAGUCACCUGUUGUAGCUGGGCACCUUAUAGUUUUUCUGGUCUCAAGCUGAUGUAGUCUCUGAUUUAUGUGGCCCUUUCUGUCUCUUGGGCUCAUAAUUACCUUGUGUUUGGUGUUCUUCAUUCUCCUUUGCUCUAGGUGAGUUGAGACCAAUCGAUGCAUCUUAGUUGGCUGCUUGCUAACGUUUAAGACCCCAGCUGCCACUCUCCAAGUUGGGAGCAGCAUCAUUAGUAAUUAAAGAAUUUCAGUUAAAACAUUAAUGACAUAAUUCUUUACAUCUAUUAGAAUAUCAUGUAGUUGGUAAGUAUGUGGAGGAACCUGAGUAUUCAUAAACUCCUACAGGGAAAUUAAAAUGGUAUAAAUACUUUAAAAAAUAAUUUCCUUUCAGCAUCAGGGUCUUCAAAAGCUAACCACAGUUUUAUCAUAAAAUUUAACCAUAUUACUCAUAUAUGUCUACCCAGGAGAAAUUACAGCAUUUUUCCUUACAAAGGCAUGUAUACAAAUGUCCAUAGCAACUUUGCAAAAGUCAAAAACUAGGAUCAACCCAACUGCUCAUCUACUUGAGGACGAAUAAGUAAAUUGCGGUAUAUUCAAGAAAAUGGAUACUACUCAACAAUAAAAACUAAUGAAUUAUUGUUACCUGCAAAUAUAUUGAUAAAAAGUACAAAUCAAUAAAUUGGACUUUGUCAAAAUUAAAACAACCCACACGUAGACAUUUAUUCCAGAGAAAUGAAAACUUAUUUUCAUACAAUAACAUUUACACAAAUUAGUAGAUAAAUGGUAACUUUGGAAAAGUGCAAGAUAGUACACAGUACUGGGGAAGUCAUGAUAAUUUGUUUAGGGCGAAGUCAUAGAAGCUUCAUAGACAUAUCCAAACCACCUGAGAGACUGAGCUACUGGGCUGAGGGGCUGGGGACCAUGGUCUCAGGGAAUAUCUAGCUCAACAGACAUAACAUAGUCUAUAGAGAAAAUAUUGUACAUCCAACUGUGGUGACGCUUGCAAGCAGGCAUCUAAAAUAUAUCUACUGGUCAUUCUGUUUGGAGCAAAGGAGAAUGAAGAGAACCAAAGGCACAAGGGGAAGAUUAGUCCGAAGGACUAAUGGACCACAACAACCACAGCAUCCACCAGACUGAGCCCAGGACAACUAGACAGUGCCCAGUUACCACCACCAACUGCUCUGGCAGGGGUCACAAUAGAAGGUCCCAGACAGAGAGGGAGAAAAAUGUAGAACAGACUUCAAAUUCACACACACACACACACACACACACACAGAAACCUGGCUUGUUGGUCUCACAGAGACUGAAGAAACCAUAAAAGUAUGGCUCCUGGACACCUUUUAAAGUCCAACACUGAAGUCACCCCUGAGAUUCACCCUUCAGCCAAAGAUUGGACAGGUCUAUGCGGCCAAAAAUAACACACAUGAGUGACGUACUUCGUAUUGCAAUCAUAAAUACAGGACUAGUGGGCACACUUGUUCAAAAGCAAAGAAGAGAAAACAGGAUGGGACAGAAAAAUUGGACAAAUGGAAACAGAGGCUAAGGUAAAGAAAGGGAGAGUGUUGACAUAGUACAGGGUUGGCAACAAAUGUCACAAAGAACUUGUGCAUUAACUGUUUAAUGAGAAACUAAUUUGCUCUGAAAGCUUUCACCUAAAUCACAACCAAAAAAAGAAAAAAAGGUUGAUAAAAACAUUAUUUAUAAUAGCUAAAAACUGGCAGCAACCCAAAAUUUCCUUCUGUGGGUGAAUGGUUAUGUAAACUGUAAUAAAUAGAUACAUGAUACAAUACUCUACAAUAAAAUGAACAAAUUAUUAAUACACACAACAGCAUGGAUGGACCUUAGUAGAGUCAUGUGAAGUGAAAAAAGUCUAUCUCAAAAUGUUGUUGCUUUCUGCCAUUGAGUUGACUUUAACUUAUGACAACCUUAUGUAUAACAGAACAAAAUGAUGCCCAGUCCUGGGCUAUCCUCAAAAUCACUGGUAUGAUUGAGUCCACUGCUGCAGCCAAUGUGGAAAUCCAUGUCACAGAGGGCUCACAUUCUCUUUGGCCCUUUACUUCACCAAAUAUGAUGUCCUCCUCCAGAAAAUGGUCUUUCCUGAUGACAUGUCCAACGCAAGAAGAUCGGACAAUGUUCUGUUGGAGACAACAAGAUAUUUACCAUUAAAAAAUUUUUGGUUCGUUAGGUACCAUGGAGUGGAUUGUGACUCAUAGUGACCUAUAGGACAGAGUAGAAAUGCCCCAUAGGGUUGCCUAGGCUGUUAUGAAUGCAGAUGGCAAGUUCUUUUUUCUCCAGAAUGGCUUGUGGGUUAAAACUGUGAACCUUUUGGUUAGCAGUGAAUUUUUAAACAUUGCAAUACCGGUGUUCCUUCCAUUAAAGAAUAGACAAGUAAAAAAAAAUACACACAUACAUAUACAUAUCAUUACAUAUCACAAAUAAGCAAAAAAAAAAAGUCACAAAUGUUUACAUUACAAAUAUUUAAAAUGGCAAAAUGCAUCAAAAAGAUUUAUAGCAUAAUACAUAUAUAUUCAUAAUAAAACAUUACACACAAAAUACCACACUUUACAAGGUGUGAUGGUUAAGGUUGUGUGUCAACUUGUCUUGGCCAUCAUUCUCAGUGGUUUGGCAGUCCAAAGAUGUUGUGAUCACUUCCAUGAUGAGGUUCGAUAUAAUGUGGUUACCUCCAUGAUAGACUCUGCUCUGAGUAGCAAGUCAGUUGAAAGGAAGUUUCCUUGGGUGUGUGGUCUGAAUUGAAUAUAAGCAGACAUUCUGGCAAGGUUCAUUUGCUAUUGCUCACUUUGGGUCCUGUAGCUGGCUCCUGUUCAUCUGACCUCUGGUUCUUGGGAAUUGAGCCAGCAGCUUGCCUUCAGUAUUGCCUGCUGAUUUGGGGAUUCUUGGAUCUUCCCAGCCAGUGAGCAAGAGCCCUGCUGUUUGACCUGUAGAUGUUGGGUCAUCCAGCCCUUGCAGCUGCAUGAAUCAGGAGAAGCCUGUAUCCUGAUCUCGGGACUUGGGAUGUUCCAGCUUCAAUAUCCCUGUGAGCCAUUUCCUUGAUGUAAAUCUCUGUAUACACAUAUUUAUAUGCUUUACUGGUUUUGCUCCUCUAGAGAACCCAGCCUAAGACACAAGUGUAUAUUGACAUGGUACAGCAUAUGUCAAGCACAGCUGAAUAUGUGUGAAGGCAAGAAAGAUGUUUUGGGAUGAGGAUUGAACAGAAUGGAAAAGCAUACAAUAUUGAGAUGUAAUAAAGGAAGCAAAAAACCUAAACAGACAGAUGAUGGCAAUUGAUCAUCAAAUGAGAAGCAAGGGUAACAUUUCUGUUCUUUAGGUCAAAACAAAAUUAACAAACAAAAAAUAACUUGAAAAUAGCAAUAACAGCAACAAUAAUAAAAAUAGUAAGAGCAAACUAGGAAGUGAUACCUCACAUAUGCACAAUGCAAUAGUUUUAUUCCAUUUAAGUCUUUUAAAUAAUGUGAUAAGACAGUGUUUAAGCACUUCUUCGUUUUGUCAUCCGUUUGAAGAAACCACUGUAGAAAUAGAGAAUGUUGAUAGGUCUGUUAUACAGAUACGAUAUUUUAAUCCCGAUCCCCAUGUGGUAAAAAUGGAACGUUAACAAAGAGUAAAACAAAGGACUAUAUGAAACAGAUAAACAUAGACAUGCAUACACACUCUAUGAGUAAAAAUUUGGUCACUGGUGAAUACAAAAUAUACUGGACAAUUAACAAACGAAGGCCAGGUAUUUUGUUAAGCUUUCAAAUGCCUCAGGAACAAUCAGCAAAUUGUUUGGCAUCUCCUCAGGGAGGAUCUCCAUGGGUAAAAAAAAAAAAAAAAUCCAUAAAUUCUUCUCCCUCUGCCGUUUUAAGAAACACUUGGGAGAGGAGUCAAGACAGAGGCUUCAUUGCAGGUAAAAAGACUGUUUCCGUAUUUUACCAGUAUCCAGAAUGUUUCAUUGACCCUUGCAGGGUCCCACCUUUAUCCAAUGGCAAAGUCAUUGCAAAAUAUUAGGAUUUCUGAUUCAGUUCUGUGUGCGUUAUACUUUUCAAUAGUGCCUGAAGCUAGGAUCUCUCUCCAAUUUUUUGACAUAAUUUUUUUUUCAAAUCUUCACACUCUAUUUCAGAGGCUAAAUGCUAAGAAGCAUUUUGAAACAUUAUCAUUCCAUGUCUAAAUAUUUUUACUUCAUAUAAGUAGUUAUCUGAAUAAAGUUAACAGAAAAAAACAAAGUCCUGGAGUCAGUUUUGCCUCAUAACUGCCCCCUGGGUAUCAGAGACCCGUGCUCCACAGGUUUUUCAAUGGCUGUGACCUUCCAGAAGUAGAUCUUUCUUUCUUCAAGGUGCCUCUGAGUGGACUCGACCCACCAGCCUUUCAGUCUGUAGCUGAGUGCUUAAGUGUUUUUGCCACCCAGGUGGCCUAAUUAUGUGAAUAAUAGAGCUCCAAUAUGAAAGUAAAGGAAGCAUAUACAGUAUUAAAAAUACUGCAGCAGAAUUAUGAAGCUGCAGGUAUUCAGUUUCUAGCAUUGGUGUUCUUCAAAAUCCUCAGUUAUAAGCUGCCUCUAGGCUCUUAUGUACCUCUCAAGUGUAAUUUAAUAUUUAAUGCAUAUUUAGAUAACAGUACAAAUGUCCAUUUUUCCUAAUCUCUUGAUGAAGAAACAAAUAAAUUUCCAUCUCACACCUCGUGUUGAGAAGUGAAAAGCAAUUUUUGGAGUUUAGGAAACUUUUAAUUACCUAGUUUUUUUUUUUAUGGUGAUAGUAUAAUAUAUACCAUAUUCUUCAAUUUCCAGUAGAAUCUGGCAGGAAGAAGACAUAAUUUUUUCAAAGAGCAUAGCUGUGUAAAAUGAAUUAAAUGCUCAACAAAUACAGUAAACUAUGGAAAAUAAUUUGGUGCUCUCCGUGGAACUCCAAAGCCGAUGGGAGGAAGUCCUCUUAUCUCCUCUUAACUUAUAGGAAAAGCAGCACUUACCAAUAUAAGUAUUUUUGUUCUUCAGCCUUUCAUCAUUGCAACUCGACAAGAUUUACAUUGCUUUUAUUGUAUUCAUUGAAGAUAGUUGAUUUCCUAAUUAUAAUAUCUACUAAUACCCAAUUCAGUACCUCUUAAAAAAAAUUUUUAGUGUGCUUUAAGUGAAAGUUUACACAGCAAAUUAAUUUUCCAAUCAGAAACUCUUACCAAAAACUGUGUCCGCACUCUUCUCAUUUCCUUCCUGGCUCCCUGUUUCCAUUAGUCAGGUUUCCCUGUCCCUCCCUGACUACUUGCCCUUUUGGUCUCCUGUAGUUGAUCGAAGUUAUUGUUUAGCAGCCCCGUCUGUUAUUGGCCUGAAAGGUGGCCACCAGGGGUGUCUGUAGUUUCACAUUAGAAGAUUGUCUUAAGAAAAUAGUCUCAGGGGUUUCUCCAGCCUCUUUCAAACAAGUAAAUCUGGUCUUUUUUGUUUAUUUAUUUUUGAAUUUGAAUUUUUUUUUUACAUUUUUUCCCCCAUUUUGCUCCAGGCUUUCUAUUGUGAUCCUGGUCAGAGUGGUACCAUCUAGUCCUUCUGGUCUCAGGUUAGAGGAGGCUGUGGUUCAUGUGGGCCAUAUGUCCUUUGGACUAAUUACUUCCUUUAGUCUUUGGUUUUCUUCGUUCUCCUUUGUUCUAGGUGGAAAGAGGCCAAUAGUUUUUUUUUUUUUUUCUGACAUAAGCAAUGUGUGUACAGGGUCACAACCUUGUAAGCAAUGUUUUAAAUGAGAUAGUGUAUUUCCUGUGCAACCAUUUUAUUAUUUAAUAUGAUACUAUUGUAUUUUUCUAUUUGUUUGGUUAUUCUUGAUUCAGAGGCUGCUGGUAGUGCUAUUUUCAUGUAAGUAGUAUCAUUUCAAACCUUUCGUUCUUUUACCUUAAACUGCCAUCCUCAUCCUUCUCUGGCAUUUUUUUUUUUUAAUCUGUGGCUUAUUAGGGAUACAUAUAUACAUUUUAAUUUAAAUAUACAUGUGUUUAUAUGCAUUAUGUACUAUAUAAUAGCUUAAACUAGAGGAUUUCUUUAUCCAAAUGGAAUUUUUAAAUGAAAUUUUGUUAUAUAAAAUCAGUGACAUGGACCUUACUUUCUCCCAAUUUGUUCAAAUUUUCUCUCACUGUCUUAGAUUCUUCCAUGAGAAACUAUAUCUCAUUUGUUACAAACAAUUUAGUAUAUUAGUUAUAAUGAAAAUGCUCCUAGGUUAGGACAUAUUUUAAGUAAAUUUAUAUUCAAAUGCACUGCUGACUCAAAAGUGACCCCAUAGCUGUAAAUAGGCUAUAAAUCUCUAUGGAAGCAGACUGCCACAUCUUUCUCCCAUGGAGCCACUGGUGGUUUUGAACCGCUGACCUUUAGGUUAGCAGUCCAUCAACUUAUAUUAAAAUGUAUUAAGAAGAUGUAUCAUCCAGAAGAUUGGCACAUCGAUGGUCCAAUUUUAGUCAUGGAGUUGAGGAUGCAGGAGGGAAGGGCUGGGCUCAGUUACAUGGAUAACAAACUACUCAACCUACUUAUCAUCAUAACCCUGACAUAGAAGCUAGAUCACAGUAGGAGAAUUUGCAUAUGCAUAUGUAAAGAAAACACCUUUCAGGUAACUUACUGUCAUCAUUUGUCAUUUAAAAAAAAAAACAUCACUAUAUACUUGAUAUUUGAGACUUAUGUCCUGAUAUCUUAAAUGCAUUGAAACAUUUAAUCCUCAUUUUUUUUUCCAGCAACACUGAAGGGAAGUGGUCAUUUUGCACUUGUGAAUAAAGAAAUUAAGGUAUCUUUUUUUUUUUUUAUUCUAUAACCCACAAAGCCAAAACCAAACCCAUUGCCACUGAGUUGAUUCCAACUCAUAGUGACCCUAUAGGACAGAGUAAAACUGCCCCAAAGAGUUUCCAAAGAGUACCUGGUGGAUUUGAACUGCCGCUCUUUUGGUUAGCAGUCGUAGCACUUGACCACUAUGCCACAAACUUUUCUAUUACCCACAAGCUGAGGUAUAAAAAAGACUAUAUCUGUAUGGGUCUACCACCUGGAAUAAUUUCCUGUAUAAAGACAGACUAUCCCCACCACGAUCUAUUAGAUUUUCCUUGUGUUCAAUACUUGUCAAGUAUGUUGUUUCCGACUGUACCACCUGUGGCACAAGGGCUUUUACAGGACUAUGUUUUGAAGUAAGGGAUACUAAAUGUUUCCACACAUUCUGGGAAUUUGCAUUUUGAAAUGUUUUUAAUGAAGUUAACAUACAUAUUAUAAUUUUAUACAUGUCAUUAUGUAAUUGUCAGUAUUGUAAAUGAAAAAAGAAAGUUUUGUAACCACCCAUAUACCUAACACAUCUAAAAUUUUUUACUUUUUUUAUUUUUGCUUCAUAUAUCUAUAUGUAAAAAAAGAAAACCUGUUGCCAUCGAGUUGAUUCUGACUCAUAGAGACCUUAUAGGACAGAGUAGAACUGCCCAAUAGGUUUUCUAAGGAGCAGCUAGUAGAUUCAAAAAGCUGACUUUGUGGUUAUCAGCCAAGCUCUUAACCACUGCUCCACCAGGAAUCCCAUCAAGGUAUAUGUAUAUGUACAUCUACAUCUACGUGUACACGUACACAUAUGCCUUCACCUACAUCUUUAUCUGUGUCUAUCUCUAUCUCUAUGUCUGUAUCAGGGCUUUUCAACUUCCGCCAUAGUGACAUUUUGGACUGGAAAUUUUGUUAUUGUGUGGGGUUACUCUGUAUAUAGUAGAAUUUUUAAUAACAUCCCAGGCCUCCAUUAGAUACCAGUAGUACCCUUCUCCUAGUACUGACACCCAAAAUGUCCUAGGCAUUGACAAAUGUUCCAUGGGCAGCAAAUUUUCCUCAAUUGAUAACAAGUUAGAUUUUUCUUUCUUUCCCUCUAUCUUUUUUUCUUUCUUCAUGUACCUAUACUUUACUUGUGGGAGGCGGGUUUACUUUCAAAAACCUGUAUUGGAAGUUUGGAUUUAUCUUAUUCAUUUAGCAUAUUGCCUUUGUAUACUAAAAAUCUACCAGAUGAUGCUACAUAAAACCGAUUGACUACGCUGAUAUCUCUAUCCAGAACAGGUUUCCUGAUAGACCAAGAUGGAAAAGCAAAAUCUAACAAUGCUAAAUGAAUUCCUUCUGAUGGGAAUCACAGAUCACCCUGGGCUCCAGGCUCCGUUGUUCGGGCUGUUCCUCAUCAUCUACACGAUCUCAGUGGUGGGCAACUCAGGCAUGAUCAUCCUCACCAAGACAGACUCCAAGCUACAAACACCCAUGUACUUUUUUCUCAGACACCUGGCUAUCACUGAUCUUGGUUAUUCAACAGCUGUGGGACCCAAAAUGCUAGUCAAUUUUAUUGUGGAUGAAAACACUAUCUCCUAUUAUUUUUGUGCUACACAGCUAGCUUUCUUUAUUGUGUUCAUAACUAGUGAACUUUUUCUUCUGUCAGCAAUGUCUUAUGACCGCUUUGUGGCUAUCUGUAACCCUCUGCUCUACACAGUCAUCAUGUCACAAAGGACUUGUUGGGUGCUGGUGGCAAUACCCUAUCUCUACAGCACAUUUGUUUCUCUUCUGGUCACCAUAAAGAUUUUUAAUUUAUCCUUCUGCGGCUACAAUAUCAUCAAUCAUUUCUACUGUGACAAUCUCUUCUUGUUAUCCUUGCUCUGCUCAAACACACAUGAAAUUGAAUUGAUCAAUCUCAUCUUAGCAUCUUUUGAUUUGAUUUCAUCUCUUCUAACAGUUCUUGUUUCUUACCUACUCGUUUUUGUAGCCAUUCUCAGGAUGAAGUCAGCUGAGGGCAGGCACAAGGCUUUCUCCACCUGUGGAUCCCAUCUGACAGUGGUGGUAGUGUUCUAUGGGACUUUAAUCUUUAUGUACAUGCAGCCCAAGUCCAGUCAUUCCUUUGACACUGAUAAAGUGGCUUCCAUAUUUUACACCCUGGUUAUCCCCAUGUUGAAUCCCUUGAUUUAUAGCUUGAGGAACAAAGAUGUAAAAUGUGCCCUACAUAGGACAUGGAAAAAAAUACGCAAUGUAUUUUCUAGAGUUUGAUGCAGCAUAUGAUUCCUACAAAUUACACCAUGAUCUCAAACCUUGUCUGUGUGCCUCCAUAGGGAACAGUGAGCACAAAUAUAUU